UAUACUGAAGCUGUGCUGCGCAGACAUACACCGAAAACGACACUGCGCAACACACUCCUAGUUCGGCGCUGCGCAGCCCAGCAUCGAGAGGCAUACGGAAUCCCAGCGCUGCGCAGCUCAGCAUCGACAGGCAUACGGAGCCCAGCGCUGCGCAGCCCAGCAUCAACAGACAAUGUAGCGCAGCGCGGCGCCUUUGAGGAAAUCCACUUGCAGCCAUUUUCUGCUCUUUGUGUCUCGCGGAAUAGGAGGCGGGCGGCGCGCUGGGCGCAGAGAGCAUCAUUCGCUCCGCCAUCCUGCACGCCUGAACGAAAAGGUUACUGCCGUGAUCCUGGUUGGGGCGAUUUUCUGCAUCCUGAGAAAACAGGCAGGCGAGUGGCAGAAUAGGAGUUCAUUUGUUUACGAGCUGUUACCAUGACCACCCAUGUUACAUUGGAAGAUGCUCUCUCAAACGUGGACCUUCUGGAGGAGCUACCCCUUCCAGACCAGCAACCAUGUAUCGAACCUCCACCUUCGUCCAUUAUGUACCAGGCGAACUUUGACACCAACUUUGAAGACAGAAAUGCAUUUGUCACUGGGAUCGCCAGAUACAUCGAACAAGCCACAGUUCACUCCAGCAUGAACGAGAUGCUGGAGGAGGGCCACGAGUACGCCGUUAUGCUGUACACAUGGAGAAGCUGCUCCCGGGCCAUUCCACAGGUAAAAUGCAAUGAACAACCCAACCGUGUAGAAAUUUAUGAAAAGACAGUAGAAGUUCUUGAGCCUGAAGUCACAAAAUUGAUGAAGUUCAUGUACUUUCAGCGCAAAGCAAUUGAGCGAUUCUGCAGUGAGGUGAAACGCUUGUGCCAUGCUGAAAGGAGAAAGGACUUUGUGUCAGAAGCUUAUCUUUUAACGCUGGGGAAGUUCAUUAACAUGUUUGCUGUACUUGAUGAGCUGAAAAACAUGAAAUGCAGUGUAAAAAAUGAUCACUCGGCCUAUAAAAGAGCUGCACAGUUUUUACGGAAAAUGGCCGAUCCUCAGUCAAUUCAGGAAUCACAAAAUCUCUCGAUGUUUUUGGCAAAUCACAACAGAAUUACCCAGUGCCUACAUCAGCAGUUGGAAGUAAUCCCUGGAUAUGAAGAGCUGUUGGCAGACAUCGUAAACAUCUGUGUGGAUUACUAUGAAAAUAAGAUGUAUCUGACUCCUAGUGAGAAGCAUAUGCUCUUAAAGGUGAUGGGAUUUGGUCUGUACUUGAUGGAUGGAAAUGUGAGCAACAUUUAUAAACUGGAUGCCAAAAAGAGGAUCAACCUUAGUAAAAUUGACAAGUUUUUCAAGCAAUUACAAGUGGUUCCUCUCUUUGGAGACAUGCAGAUAGAACUUGCCAGAUACAUUAAGACCAGUGCUCACUAUGAGGAAAACAAAUCCAAGUGGACGUGUGCUCAGAGUAGCAUCAGCCCACAGUACAACCUUUGUGAACAAAUGGUUCAAAUCAGGGAUGAUCACAUCCGCUUUAUCUCUGAACUGGCCCGCUACAGUAACAGCGAGGUUGUGACAGGAUCUGGAUUAGACAGCCAAAAGUCAGAUGAAGAGUAUAGAGAACUUUUUGAUUUGGCGCUCCGAGGUCUUCAGCUGCUAUCAAAAUGGAGUACUCAUGUUAUGGAAGUGUAUUCGUGGAAAUUAGUGCAUCCAACUGACAAAUUCUGUAAUAAGGACUGUCCAGGAACCGCAGAGGAAUACGAAAGGGCUACCCGCUAUAAUUACACCAGUGAGGAGAAAUUUGCUUUAGUAGAAGUGAUUGCCAUGAUAAAAGGACUCCAGGUACUCAUGGGUAGGAUGGAAAGUGUCUUCAACCAAGCCAUAAGGAAUACUAUUUAUGCAGCCUUGCAGGAUUUUGCUCAGGUGACACUUAGAGAGCCUCUACGACAAGCUGUCCGGAAAAAGAAAAAUGUACUUAUAAGUGUUCUUCAGGCAAUAAGAAAGACAAUUUGUGACUGGGAGGGAGCCCGUGAACCACCGAAUGACCCUUGUUUGAGAGGUGAGAAGGAUCCUAAAGGGGGCUUCGAUAUCAAGGUGCCUCGGCGAGCAGUGGGGCCCUCAAGCACACAGCUUUAUAUGGUGAGAACAAUGUUGGAGUCUCUCAUCGCUGACAAGAGCGGCUCCAAGAAAACCUUAAGAAGCAGCUUGGAUGGGCCAAUAGUCCUUGCAAUUGAGGAUUUCCAUAAGCAAUCCUUUUUCUACACUCAUCUGCUCAAUUUUAGCGAAGCCCUCCAGCAGUGCUGUGAUUUAUCCCAACUUUGGUUCAGAGAAUUCUUCUUAGAGUUGACAAUGGGACGUAGAAUCCAGUUUCCAAUUGAAAUGUCAAUGCCAUGGAUUUUGACAGACCAUAUUCUGGAGACCAAAGAGCCUUCUAUGAUGGAGUAUGUUUUGUACCCCUUAGACCUCUACAAUGAUAGCGGCUACUAUGCCCUGACCAAAUUUAAGAAACAGUUUUUGUAUGAUGAAAUAGAAGCUGAGGUGAAUCUUUGCUUUGACCAGUUUGUUUACAAAUUAGCAGACCAGAUUUUUGCUUAUUAUAAGGCAAUGGCUGGCAGUGUUCUUCUAGAUAAACGAUUCAGAGCAGAAUGUAAGAACUAUGGAGUGAUCAUUCCGUACCCCCCAUCCAACCGUUAUGAAACACUUCUUAAGCAAAGACAUGUUCAGCUUCUAGGAAGAUCCAUUGAUCUUAACCGAUUGAUUACACAAAGGAUAUCAGCGGCAAUGUAUAAAUCUCUGGAUCAUGCAAUUAGUCGAUUUGAGAGCGAAGAUCUCACGUCUAUAGUGGAAUUGGAAUGGCUGAUAGAAGUGAAUCGCUUAACCCAUCGUCUCCUCUCCAAGCACAUGACCCUCGACAGUUUUGACGCCAUGUUCAGGGAAGCCAAUCAUAACGUGUCAGCUCCGUAUGGGCGUAUAACGCUUCAUGUUUUUUGGGAGUUGAACUUUGACUUCCUUCCAAACUACUGCUACAAUGGAUCCACAAACAGGUUUGUACGGACCGCCAUUCUUUUCACUCAAGAGCCACAAAGAGACAAGCCGGCAAAUGUCCAGCCCUACUAUCUGUAUGGGUCAAAGCCAUUGAACAUUGCCUACUCUCACAUCUACAGCUCAUAUAGAAAUUUUGUGGGGCCACCUCAUUUCAAGACAAUAUGUCGGCUCCUCGGAUACCAAGGCAUUGCAGUGGUAAUGGAGGAACUUCUCAAAAUUGUCAAAAGCCUGCUUCAAGGCACAAUUCUUCAAUAUGUAAAAACAUUAAUAGAAGUGAUGCCUAAAAUAUGUCGCCUGCCAAGACACGAGUACGGCUCUCCAGGAAUUUUAGAGUUUUUUCACCACCAGCUGAAGGACAUAAUUGAAUACGCAGAACUGAAGACGGACGUAUUCCAGAGUCUCCGAGAAGUGGGGAACGCAAUCUUAUUCUGUUUGCUCAUUGAGCAAGCUUUGUCCCAAGAAGAAGUGUGUGAUUUACUUCAUGCCGCGCCAUUUCAGAACAUCCUGCCCAGAGUGUACAUAAAAGAGGGAGAGCGCUUAGAAGUCAGAAUGAAACGACUAGAAGCAAAGUACGCGCCACUUCACCUGGUCCCACUUAUAGAGCGGCUGGGGACGGCACAGCAAAUUGCCAUUGCAAGAGAAGGAGACCUUCUGACCAAAGAGCGCCUUUGUUGUGGUCUGUCGAUGUUUGAAGUCAUCCUCACCCGCAUCCGCAGCUACCUCCAGGACGCAGUGUGGAGGGGACCACCACCGACCAAUGGGGUGAUGCAUGUGGACGAGUGCGUGGAAUUUCAUCGCCUCUGGAGCGCCAUGCAGUUUGUUUAUUGCAUCCCGGUGGGGACGAACGAGUUUACAGCUGAGCAGUGCUUCGGAGAUGGGCUCAACUGGGCCGGCUGCUCGAUAAUUGUGUUACUAGGACAGCAACGACGAUUUGACCUCUUCGACUUCUGUUACCACCUUCUCAAAGUGCAACGGCAAGAUGGAAAAGACGAAAUCAUCAAAAAUGUGCCACUGAAGAAGAUGGCAGACAGGAUCAGAAAGUACCAAAUUUUAAACAACGAGAUCUUUGCCAUCCUGAACAAGUACAUGAAAGCGGUGGAGACGGACAGCUCGACGGUGGAGCACGUGCGUUGCUUCCAGCCUCCGAUUCACCAGUCGCUGGCCACCACCUGCUGAGACGUGGCACCGAGCACCCAGCGCUCCUGUGGAUCAUCGACUGACUGCACCGGGUUUUUCUGAAAGCUGGCAUCGGAGUUCUGCAUUUGCCCUGCGCACACCGGCUGACGACGUGGGCCUGUUUGACUUGCGCGGUCGAUCAAGACGUUUAGUUUGAAUUACGCAUGCACCUGUUAAAUACAUUCCAAAAGUUUACACUGGAUCUGGAGGCGGUGGGCAAAAAAUCGGGCAUAAAAAGUCAACGCUAAGUCACCUCUUUGUUUUGGAUGUUACCUGCUGGUGGGCCUGCAGUCGAUUCAGGGCGGCGUGGUAAAGUCUGUUCAUUCCUAAGUUGACUUGUGCGCCGCCUCGUUUCUUUACCCCCACAUUGACUCGAGUUUACAUCGAUGUACACAAGUAUCGAUGCUGUUAUCAACUGCUCCACCAUUUCAAAGUCUUUUGUUUUAAGACAAGCAUUAUAGGAGAACGCAAGCACCUUGUCCUUCCCGCUCUGCACUCGUCUCAUGCUGCCUUAAAAAUGCCUUUAGCGGCCAGUUUCCUGUAUACAGACGCGUGUUGAUUAGCGUAUGGUUUGGCAUUUAUAUGCAGUAAAAAAUGUUUCCACUUCCCUCAAAAUAUGCAGGUGAGAAUAAAACGUAGUCUUAGAUGUAUGUUGAAAUGUGAAAACUGAUGUUACCUUGAGCUGGGAUAGUCACCUAAUUCGACUGAAAGCAAUUUUCAUUUUUAAAAUUACGGUUAGGUGUCUACCGGUCUGUACAAUUCCUACAUUUGCACGUCUCCCACACACUCGUGUACCACACAUGAGACACAAGAUAUUAAGCAUGCCCUCCCAUGGAGAUGGCGGCAACGGCUUUCAUUUGUCAACCUUGAUGGAAAGAGUAUUGUCUUGGGAGGAUCAGAAGGUAAGACCCCCCCCCCCCCCCCCCCCACUUGUCUGUUGCCGAUGGUGGUAUCAAUAGCACAUUUAAUGAUGGAGGCCGGUCAAACAAGGACUACCACAGGGGGACCGAUGGGUGCAGAGUCAAUUUCUGCCAGGUGCCCGCUGAGUGACCAUGCUCAUGCGAGAUUGAAGACCAUUUUCUCAAUGGUUGGACGCGUCUUUGAGUUCACCCUGUGACAUUUGGCUUUGUUUCCUGCCCUCCACCCUGGUACUGGUGGGCCAGACACUCUAAAUUGGCAAUGCCUGUGCAUUUGUGUGUCACGGUGGGUUUUUCUUCCAAGCUCUCCAGUUUCGUUUCACAUCCCAAAGACAAUCGGAUUUGACGCCCGGCUUGGUGUACGUCUUCAUCAAGUGUGAAGAACUGGUGUCCUGUUCCUGUGGCGUUCCCAUCAGCUUGUGCUUCCGCUCCGUUUAACUCUCUACUGAUAAUAACCGUAGAAAACUGAUGUAUCGAUCGUUCACACUGCUUUUCUCCCACAUUUAAAUUUUUAGAUCAGGGCGGCGUAGUGAGGUUGUGGGAUCAGAUCCCACUACUGACACCAGUGUCAGUGUGUGAUCGUGUGCAAGUCACUUGACCUGCCUGUGCUCCCACAAAAGAAAUGGACCCAGUCGUAUCUCAGAUGUCGUAACUCUCCUUGGAUGAAGGUGUCAGCCCGAUAAAUGAUCAUAGAUCAAUGUGACAUCUUUAAAGGCUUACUGUUCAAAUGAAUCCUUCCUCCGUUUUGUAACUCACUUGCAGCAUUGCAGGGUUGAUGAGAGGUUUAUCCCACAAUGCAAGAGCCAGCACUUGGUGGGCCACCAGAAUGGCAGAAGGCAUGCAGACCACAAUCCAAUGUAAAGUCACCACAAACGUGAGAUGAAGGAAGAAACUGAAGGUACCUGGAUGAACCCCCCGACUCACACACACACCCACAGGGAGAACAUUCAAGCUGUACAUCCUUAGUGAGCAGGCUGGGAAUUGAACCAGUGUCCUCAGAGCUGUCAGGCAGCAGCACUCACCUCUGUACCCCGUGUCACCCCAUUGACAUAUCCAGCAGCUUAAAAUUAGUAGGUCAGGGGAAAGAAAAGAAAGAUGGCAUUGUUGGAUUUUUCAAGUGUGGUGUAGAUGGCACAGCAAAUGAAGACAAGCGGCCAUUAAUUCAAUACUCCACCCAGAAAUGAUAUUUUUUUGUUUUAUGUUUUUUACUCCAUGUAGUUUGUAGUGAUAGCUGAGAAACAUUUUUAAUAUUAUGUUUCCACUGGCUGCACAACCUGUCUAAGAUGAGCUGAAGCCCAAGUAGUCAACAUGGACCUCAACAUUAACAUUAGCAGUGCACCAUGCAAUGCCCUGUGUCUUUGUAAUAUACCAUUUGGUGUGGGAUUCAUAAAAACAGUGCUAAAGUUUGUGAUGCGCCAUCUGUUGAAAUGGAAAAUGCAAUGUGCCUCUCUCUGUUAUAUGCCACUUGGCAUGGGAUUUGAAUAUCUCUCUGUUAUAUGCCAUUUGGCAUGGGAUUCCUAAAAGAGGUGUUAAUGUUUGUGAUGCGGCAUCUGUUGGAAUGACAAAUGCAAUGUGCAUCUCCCUGUUAUAUGCCACUUGGCAUGGGAUUUGCAUAUCUCUCUGUUUCUAAAAGCAAUGUUAUUGUUUGUAAUGCACCAUCUGUUGGAAUGACAAAUGCAGUGCAUAUGUAUCUGUUGUAUGCCGUUUGGUAUGGGAUGUGUAAAAGCAGUUAGUAUUGGAAUGAAAACUGUCGUGUGUAUCACUUUUAUAUAUUCAGUUUUGCAAUGGAUGCAUAAAAGCAGUGUUAAUGUUUGGGAUGCGCCAUCUGUUGGAAUGAAAACUGCAAUGCAUUUUGCUAGUCAAACAGUUUAUUGUGCGCCAUCUUUUGGAAUGACAGAGGCAUAGCAACCAGAUGGAUACACAGACAGACACUUAUCUUUUUAUUAAUUUGUAUGAAGAAAGGAGAUAACAAAGUUUCUAAUCAUUGGACUCUUGACCAGUGAAUGAGGGAUGAGACAGAUCUUCAAUUCCAAAAUACAUUCCAGUGUAAAAAAUUUCUACACGGGCGUUUUUAUGUGUUUGCUGUUAGUCUCCAUAGGCACCCAUUCUAUCAUAAACUUCAUUAUGUCUAUUCUGCAUGAUAAUAGAGGUUAUACUAUAAACAACAUAUAAAAAAUAUAAUUCUGGGAGGAGUAUUCCUUAAAGCAAUUCAUAUAGAAGCAGAUUCUUCUAAAAUUUGUUCUUGAUUAGCAUAAUUAAAAGUUCUUAUGACUUAGGGACAUGUCACUCACUGUUUUGUCAAACCAAAUAACAAAGGUAGUAUUAUUAAUAAUGUAUAUGUAUAUACUGGAGGUGCACCAUUGAUGCCAUAAACAACCAUAGCCUGCUCUAAGUGAACGGUCCUGAAAGUGAAUAAUUUAGAUUAGUAAAAUGUCCCCUUUUUCUUUUUAUGCAUUCUUUAUUAUUGUCACUAAUUGCAGUGAUUGAUCAGCUUGGCCAGGUCAUCACAUAAGACGUGGGCAUUGUACGUACUCCUGAUAUGCUGCUAAAUGGUGGAGCCCCAGCGGCCCACCCUUUGUGCUGACAGAUUAUGAUGUAAACGUUCCCACAUUUCAAAUGACAAAGCCAAUACCGGUUUUACCUCAUUUUGGUGACACACUAAAGACUGCAAUCAGCCUGAUCAGUUUUCCCCCCAUGGAUUCCUAACUUCUGACAGAAGGUGAAAGGUUCUCUGAAGUGAGAUGCCUUCACUGUUUCAUCAUGCUUUUAAAAUCUCGUUUCUGUGUGUUAGAGGCCUUUGACAUGAAAACAUUCAAACAAAGGGGGGCAGUGAGAGAAGAUGGGCCCCUCCAGGACAGUACAAGCUGCUGCUGCCGCCGCCAUGUUCAGAAUCAAAGUGGUAAUUGAAUUUACCACUUUGUUUACUUUAUAUAUGUGCAUUUUAAACACAAGUACACUUGUAUAAGAUGAGGAAAUGUGUGAGUACAAUAUAUUUAUAUUAAUAUAUAUAGUUUUACUGUCAAAUAAUGCAAAGAGUAUGCGACAUAUGCUUCGCCCUAAUUCUGGGCUCAUCAGGCGUACACACUCACUGCACCCCCAUACAAUCAGAU